AUGCCCCGUCACAAGGCUAAUUGCACAUUGGCCGCCGCUUCGCACUUCAGUGCGUCUCGUCGAGCUUUUUUGGCCCAGGAGGAAAUCUCGGAAUUCGGAGCGACAAACGGGCUGAGAAGCCGACUGGCCAAAUUUGCCUUGGACGCAGCUUCAUUUCUCCACCUCGUACGCCCAUCCGCCCUCUUACUCGACCUCGUCAACAUCAUGUCGCUCUUUGGACUUGGAGGCGGCUCUUCGCCUGCCGCAAGCAAUGCAGCUGUGAGCUCGGCUCAGAUCGAGGCUGCUACCGCCGAACUCGAGAUGGUCACCGACGUCUUCAACCGCCUCGUCUCGUCGUGCCACGCCAAGUGCAUCUCCACAAGAUACGCCGAGCCCGACCUCAACAAGGGCGAAAGCAUCUGCAUCGACCGCUGCGUCAGCAAGUUCUUCGCUGUCAACGGAAAGGUCAACGAGCUCAUGCAGUCCAUGGGCCAAGCCGCGCAGGGCGGUGCUCCCAGCGGUGGAGGAUCCUUCUUUGGAUGA